GUAUUUUCUUUAAAGAUAAAAAGUCUAACAACAAUAUUAGAUUUUUUGGCAUGUGAGUCUUGUUAAACUGGAUCGGAUGUGCUAUGAAUCUUUUAUAGAACAAGAAUGAUUCAUUCCUGCCAUUGUGUGUGCUGCGGAGUAUAAAAUAUGUGCUUUAAAAGCAGCAGACCAUUUACUCCAACAAAACAUCUGCUUAACUUCUCUGCGAGCACACCAAACUUACGACAUGUCUAAGCUGGAGAAAGCCAUUGUGGCCAUUGUGGAGGUGUUUGAGGAGUACGCAGGGACAGAUGACCAAAAAAAACAGCUCAGUAAUGCUGAACUUGGACAGCUAAUCAAAGCCCAGAUUACCAGUCCUGAAUUUAAGGAUAAAAUGGAUUCGGAUAAUAUUAAGGAGGUCAUGGAAGAACUGGAUAAGAACCACGAUGGUGAAGUGAACUUCCGUGAAUUCAGUCAGUGUAUUGCUGGCCUAGCCAGGGCCUACUGGCAGAAGAAGCACGGCAAGGACAAGUGCAAAGGAAAGGGUAAGGGGUGUCAGGAUAAGUGAACAAACACAUCCUUACACUCCUGAUUCACCAGACUCUUGCCUCCUACAAGUACCUCUCUAUAGUGUGUAAUAAUGUUGCAAACAUUUUUCUAUGCUGUAAGACAGGCACAGUAAGAAAGGUCUUUUGUAAUGCCAUUUAGUAGUUUAUGUAAACGGAAACAUUUCUCAACAGAAAAUGUUGUGAAAAAUAUUUAUCCUGCCUAACGAACAAUAAAAAGUACUUAGACAUACAUUGUGCAAUACUGUAAUCUAGUUUUCUGGACGCCAAUAAAAAACUCUUGUCAUCACUCUA